UAUACUCAGAGAUAGCAGAUUUCAUUUGAGAAGGGGUCUUCAGAGUGACAAAGUAUCUAAAACGAAUUCAGAAAUCAUGGCGAAAUCACAAUUAGUUCUUUGUAUACUGCCUCUGUUCCUAUUGGUUACUUUUGCAGGAAUGAGCAGCGCCAUCCGUUGUUAUGUAUGUGACAGCAUCACCAAUACUGAUUGCAAAGACCCUUUCAUAUCUGCUCCUACUCAGGAUUCGUGUGUCGCCUGUGGCAAAGCAAAGGGCGAAGUUAGUGGGGCACAGAGAGUAGCUAGAACCUGCGAGUCCAAUUCGUUACCGGACAUUUGCGAAUCUGAUACACAGUUUGGAGUCGACGUAGAUGCCUGUAUCUGCAAUGGAGAUCUUUGCAACGCCGCAACUCCCGUUUCCAUGUCGACGAGUGUGCUUUUGUUGCCAUUAGUGAUUGUUCUGCUUGAGAAACUGAUUUAGUGUUAUAGAGACCGUGUGGUUUUAUCAUCGAAUAUACAGUCAUGACUUUAUUAGGGUGAUAUCAAUAAGUUCAUCUCAUGUUAUAAGUGCAACUGUGUGUUUUUUCUUAAAUAUUCAAUAGACAUCACUUUAUCCGACAACUUUAUUUAUGCAACUGUAUUAUUUUCUUGAAAACUCAAUCAACAUCGCUUUAUCUGAUAUUGGUUAUAUGUGUAACUCUGUGUUUCUACUGCAAACUCAAUAAACAUCGAUUUAUCUGAUAAUUGUAAUAUGUGUAACUCUUUUUACUGCAAACUGAAUAAACAUCGAUUAACCAACAAUGGUAA